AUGAUUCCUCUUCGAAUCCUCACUCUGGCGCUUCUGCUUGCACAGACCUGGGCCCGACCCACCGCCACAUCUCCCUCGAUGCUGCCUCUUACAGCUGCGUCCAGCUCAACAGACUUCGCAGCAGUCCAACUCAACCAACUAUCCCGUUUCGCACUCAACUUAGCCCUCGAUAUAGUCAUCAAUAAUACCACGAGCAAAGAAUCGGGAGGUUGCACAAUGGAGAAACUACAGGUCCGCCGCGACUGGAGAGCGUUUUCUCGGGCACAGAAAAGGGCGUAUAUCGAAUCCGUGCUCUGUUUAAUCCAUCUACCCCCAAUCACGCCUGCAAAGGAUGCGGGAGGAGCCAAGAAUCGGUAUGAUGAUUUUGUGGCCCUACACAUUGUUAAGAGUGAUUUUGUGCACCGCACGGGUGCGUUCUUGGCCUGGCAUCGGUACUUUGUUCAUGGAUUUGAGCAGGCCUUGCGGAAUGAGUGUGGAUAUACUGGUGAUUUCCCGUGGGUUUCUCCCUCUUUCCAAAAAAUCGCACUCACAGAUCCUCAUGUUAGGUACUGGAACUGGGGCGCAGAUACCGAAGACAUGACCAAGUCCGAAGUAUUCGACGGAAGUGACACAUCCCUAUCCGGCAACGGCGCCUCCAUCCCCAAUCAGCCUGAUAUCUCCAUUAACAUGGCCGGAUAUCCUCGGUUGAACUUCACCGCUGGGACGGGGGGCGGCUGCGUGAUGAGCGGACCGUUCCAAAACUACACCGUUGAUAUGGGACCAUCGAGCCUGUCAAUGCCCGGCGGCAACGUGAGCAGCAUGUCCAACCCACUGGACUAUAACCCGCGGUGCCUAAAGCGGUCCCUAACGACAUCCAUCCUCCGAAGCUACGCCAACUAUACAGCGAUCGUGCAGCUGAUCCUGAACCACCACGAUAUCUGGGACUUCGAGACCGUCAUGCAGGGCGUCCCGGGGAGUGGACUGGGCGUUCACGGCGGCGGACACUACGCAAUGGGCGGGGAUCCCGGCCGGGAUAUGGAUGUCAGUCCAGCGGACCCAGCGUUCUGGCAUCACCACGGCAUGAUUGAUCGCGUGUGGUGGAUUUGGCAGCAUGUGGAUCUGGAGGAUCGGCAACAAGCUAUUUCGGGGACGGGCACGUUUAUGAACCACCCCCCGUCCCCGAAUACGACGUUGGAUACGAUGGUGGACUUGGGGUUGGCGGAUCGUGGCGCUCCAAUUGCCAUGCGGGAGCUGAUGAGCACGACGGCGGGACCCUUCUGCUACGUGUAUUUGUGA